GGCUUUCAACAUUCAUUCAUCUCAAGCGCACCCGCUUCCAAGGUUCCAAGGUUCCCCCACACUUUGCGUUUGCAGGCGGUCCCAGUAGCUCCGGCCGGCCGCCCUCCCUCGGCGCAUUGAAGAUUAAAGUCAUCGACGGGCUAAUCAUUAGUUUGGGUCCCUGAAACGCCUUCUUUCAAUCUCACGGCUGUUUCAUUUCAGCGGCUCCCGUGCCUAGUCCGGAGAGUUGCAAACGGGCCGUCUCUUCCAGAAUCCGAGCCGCCAAUCUCCCGUCCCGCCCACGCCGCCGGAUCCUAUCCACCUCUCGGCGCGCCAUGGCAUCCUCUCACAUCAUUCGCGUCCCUCGGACGGACGAGGAAGGCGCCUUCGUGCUGGGCGAGGUUAUACCGUCGGGGUCCAAGCCAUUGAACGUCAAAUUUGUCGCGACUGAGGGCGAAGAGCCGUAUGUGGUCAAGCUGAGGCACGACCGUAUUGGGGACCUUAGAGCUGCCAGCAGCCCCUGCUCCCCGGAGGAAUGGGAGAGGAUCCUAAAGGCCCUCCUCCUCGGGGGGGAGCAAAUGGAGGGCAUCGAGGCGGGUGCCGAGGCCAAUGUGGGCAAGUCGCUUACCAUCACAAUCAGGCGACGGGUGGCCGGCAUUAAUCAACGGCUUGGCGCUCUGACGCUGAACCACAAGGCUGAUGAAGCCAUUCAGCUCUUUGACUGGUGCGGGGCCACGGCUCUGGAGCGAGAGAAGUUUCGGGAGACGUUGGCGACCGAAAAAGCCAAAGUAUCAGACCUGGAAGCCCGCAUCGCCGAGCUGAGAAACCAACUGGAUGAGCUCACAGAGGCCAAGAAAGCUAGGGAGGCAGAACUCCUGGAAAAGUUUUGCGGUCUUCUGAAUGAAAAGAAAGUCAAGAUCCGCGAGCAGCAGCGUCUGCUCAACACGGCCCAGGUCGACCCGUCCAGGCUGGCCGCGGCUCGCGCGGCGCAGGCUGCGCGACCAAGAGCCACGGAACCUCGGAAGCCCGGCGCGUCCCGGAGUGCCAAGCGCAAAGCGCUUGAAGACGCAUCCGGCGGCGGGUCGUCUUCAGACUCAGAUGACGGGUUCGAGAAAGUGAAUGCUGGUGCCGACAAGAUGGAUGUCGAUCCGAAGUUGCCGGAGCCGCCAGAGGAGCGCAACGAGAGCCCGGAGUCCGAAGACCGGCAAACAACCGAUGAGGAUGCGACGGGCAGCGAGCCGGAGGACGACGAAGCUCCUCCGCCUCCGCCGCCACCGCCAAAGACACGCCAGCAGCGCGAGCCGGAGCCGAAAGGCCGAGCGACUGCAGGUGGGCAUGCAGCGAAAGGGAAAGAUGUCGCGAUUCACCCGCCUAAGAGGCCGCUGAGGAAGACCACGCCAAAGGCGGCAACUCCUCCGCCAGCCGCGGGGAGCGAGACCGAGUCAGACGAUGAACUCUGAGUUUGUUGGAUGCGUAUUUUCACGUUGGCUAAGGUACCUACACACUCCUGGACAGCUCACCUGUAGCCAUAAGGCAGAUGCGGCCUCUCAGCAAUCCUUCCUGGAGUG